AUGGAGAAGCCAAAGAGGAGUCGAUCCAGAUCGCGCGGAGGCCGGCGAGAAGCCAGCAAGAGCCGGAGCGGCAGUCGCGGCAGAGAGGACAAGCUGGUUCCCGCUGCGGCCGCCCCGCAACGAGUCCGGAUUCAGUCCUUCGAGGAGAUCCUGGCAGCCGUGCGCUCCGGCGCCAUGCCCUCCAUGAUGCCUGCCAGGGCCGGGUCGGCGUUGCAGCCACAGACCUCAGGAGGCUUCAUGCUGCCAGCACGCUCACUCUACGACUCCGGCUACAAGGGCCAAAUGUUCGGGCCUUCCGGUGAAGAUUGCCCACAAGCACGUCCCGAGAUGCUCGAGCGGGCAAAGGAAGAAGCCAAGAUGGCAGAGGAGCAAGGCAAGCGAGCCGCCAAAAAAGGCGCUUCCAUCCCGACGGGGCCACCAGGACUUCCAACGGGCGUGGUGGUCGUUGAGCAGAAGUACGUGGAUUUCCUACUUGGCCCGGGAGGGCAGUCCUUGGCAGCGAUCAACCACGCAGCCGGGGUCAAUGUGAACCUGGACCAGACGCACAAGUUCUCGGGCUAUAGCAUUGCCAACAUCUACGGGCCAGAGGACAGGGUGCGAAAUGCCAAAUUGGCGAUCGACUUCAAGCUCUCCCAGUGGCUGCCACUUCAUGAGCGACGAAGAACCGGAGGUGCUGUCAACAGCCAGUCGAACCAGGUUCCUGCACCACUUGGGGGGCGGGAGCCGUCCGCUGGCACCUGGAGGUCUGGGAGCCAGGGAACGCCGGGAACGCAGGCAUCAGGUGCCACCGCCACGUGGUCCAAAGACGGCGACCAGGCUGAGGGCAAGCCCAUUACCGGCGGCCUCCUUUGA